AUGAGUGAUCUACCAGCAGAUCGCUUAGAGCAUGCUCCACCCUUUACCAAUGUUGGAGUUGAUGCCUCUGGACCUUGGACUAUAAUGACACACAGAACUCGUGGUGGAUCAGCAAAUUCUAAACGGUGGGCUAUUUUGUUCACUUGUCUUACAACAAGAGCAAUACACAUUGAGUUGGUAGAAGAAAUGUCCUCUUCAGCUUUUAUUAAUGCACUUAAAAGAUUUGAAGCUCUCAGAGGUAAAGUUAAACUGUAUAGAUCUGACCGAGGAACCAACUUUGUUGGUGCAACUGAUAGCCUCAAGAUAGAUGCAGUAAAUGUGGAAGAAAAGAAGAUAGUAAACCAUCUGUACCAAACAGGCACUAAAUGGAUCUUCAACGCUCCCCAUUCAUCACAUAUGGGAGGUAAAGUUGGAGUAGACCAUGUAGAAGAUUCAGUAGGAGAAAUUGAUACAAAAGACCUUUUGAAAACAGAAUGGAAAUGUGUUUCUGCCCUCUCAGAAAUAUUUUGGAAUCGUUGGAAGAAAGAAUAUCUGCACACACUCCAAGAACGUAGAAAAUGGUGUUGUGCAAAACCUAGUCUCACUGAAGGUGAUGUUGUGUUAUUGAAAGACAGAAGUGUUUGUCAUACACAAUGGCCAUAUGUAAUUGUUGUAAGAGCUAUCCAAAGUGAAGAUGGCAAAGUAAGGAAAGUGGAAUUAAAGGUUAUGAGAGAUGGAAAGCCAGUUGUGUACACAAGACCAAUUUCAGAGUUAAUUCUUUUGGUUUCUGGUGCUAAGUAG